AUGCGAAAAUCCGGGUGAGAAAUGCAAGUGCGCUCUACGGCUAUACACUUCCAUGCAAUUCGAAACACUUCUUAUACCAAAGCCGCACCGACUAUCCAGCUAUCUAUAUUAUUUUUGUUCGAGGAUUUGUUGAGAUUGUUUUUAAGUAAUUUAAUGAGACCGUGACAAAAGAUCGGAAAAUCAAAAAGGUCGGAAUGUGAAAAGGUCGAAAAAAGUGCCAAAAGGUCGGAAAAUAAGGCGAAGCUGAAAGCGCGCCGUACUUUGCAACACCGCCACUCAAUUGGUUGAUAGAAGACAGUCGAGGCAGAUAAACGGUUGUACAGCUUUCAAUUUGGGAAAACACAGUCAGCAAAAAUUAUUUUCCGACCUUUUGGCAUUAUUUCCUACGUUUAGUCAUUUUUUCCUACCUUUUGGCAUUUUUUUUCAAUCUUUGGAUUCCGGCCUUUUGGCACUUUUUCCGACCUUUUGGCUUCCGACCUUUUUGAUUUUCCGACGUUUUGUCACGGUCUCAAUUUUAUUCCUCUGUAAAUCUCUAGUGUUUAAACAAGAAAAAUCAAUUGUCAAGGCGAAAAAGACUUGUGAAAAAAAAAAUGAAAAAAUGUGACAGUGAAAAAGAAAAGCUCCAGAGAAUUGCGAGUCAGUAAUGAUUUUCUUGGCGUACUAGGCGCCGGCGAUUGCGCCGAAGUUGAGCCGAAUUGUCGCCGCCGACGCCUUUUCGAUUUUGUGUGUCUCUCUCGAAUUCGGAAAAUGCGCCUGUGGCGAAGUGGAGCCGUCGUUUCGGUUUUUGGAGCCGAAUUGACAUUUUUUUUUUCUGAGUUUAUUUUUCAAAAAUUCAAAACAAAUAUUCAGUUCGCAUGACGAAAAUUCUUGAAAUUUUCCAUAAUUCUUGAAAUAUUUCAGAAUGACGGAGUCAUAUUCUGUAAAUGAAACGUCCUCUGCUGACAAAAUCAAAACAAUUCGCGGUUACUAUAAGCUUUGUCAAACUCAGCAAAAUCGCGGAACUGUUCUCAGAGUGAGUUUCGUUUAAGGCAUUUUUUCCAAUAACCAUUUUUAGGAUAAGCUUUUCUUCACAACACUUCCCACACUUCUAAAGGACGACAGUUGUGAUGUCAUCCGGUAUACAUCUAAGGUAAUCAGUGUACAAACAAUAAAUUGCACUAUGCUCAGGAUAAUAGUUUCCAGUCUACUUGGGAGAUCUCGUAAUCUUAACCGAGUUCCGUAUCUAGUGAGAUGCUAGGUUGAUCAAUAAGCUUCGAUGUUUUCCGGAUUUUUCUUUUUAGGUGGAUAGCGAAUCCGGGAUUUAUUUGGGUUUGAGGCACAUACUCCGUGUGCUCCUUUUGAUUAAAUCUCAUUAGUUUAAGAUGGGACUUCAAACAGAAAUACAACUUUAGUAUUUAAUACAUUAGAAAAAUCACACUUUCAAAUUUUUUAUGGGGUUAAUUCAGCGUAUGAAAAAAAAAGAUUUUUAACCGUUUUUUUACGUCAAAAAACCCAAUUCAGCGAUGUAAAAAAACGGAAAACAAGCAUACGCUGAAUAACCCCUAUAGUUCUAAAUUGUAAGCCUCAUCAGCUUUUGGAGAUUACUUUUUCAGAUCUUGGUUUUGUUGACAGAACAGUCUCAUGACAGUGAACGUCUUCUCGAAUCCAGCGAUCUGUUAUCUGCGUUAUCAACAGCUUGCGAAAGUGUAAAAAAUCCAAGCGUAGGCUAUAAUCUCAUGCUCGUAUCUAGUCGUCUCCGGGCUGUGAAAAACUCACUGGAUGCUAGAAAGAACGAUUCUGCUUAUUUGGAUCCGCUCGCUAGUGCAGCAAAAGAACUUGACCGAGGUGGUACGAUUCAUCGAAAAUUCGUUUGUAAGAAAUCGAAGCAAAUUACCUUGGAGUUCGAUCCGGAAGAGUUCAAUGAGGUUGUUGUCGUAUGAUCCCUCUAAUUGUAACGAAUUUAUUUUCAGAUAAGAAGAAACGAUGUUGAACGUGUCCUAUUGAAAAAGAAAGGAGUUAUUAGUGUGUACAUUACUGAUGACAAUGUAUUCCCUAGGGCCGUUUUGCGGACUGCACCAACCAUCGAUGCCAAAGAAAUAUUCGAAGCGGUUUUCAGUGUUGGAUUGGAGUAUAUUGCUCAAAUUGUGAAGAGUGAGAAUAAAGAAGAGAAGUUCGAGAUGUACGCAGCAAACGUUCAAAAAGUUGGGCUAUCUUUAAAUAAAUUAGUUGAAGUUCGUUUUUCAGGGAGAUAAACUGACCGUACCCGAUUACCUCGAUGAUGAAAUAGCUGUCACGGAUCCUAUGAGCUGUGUUGUAACAAAUGACAUGAUAAAUCAUGGUGGAGGGCAUGAAAGUGGAUGGCUCAGCUCCCUUGCAUCUUUCGUGAAAACUUCCCUUUGGUGA